AUUUGGGCCACGCCCCCUUCACUGUCACCGCUCAGUGUCGGAUUCUCGACACGCUCAGUUUGUGGCACAGCAUCGGGGGAUGGAGUAAAGAGAGCACGCUAUGGAUCCCACAGAAGAAAAAGCUGUUGACAUUUAUCGCGACACAUGGGUCCGCUUCCUGGGCUAUGCCAAUGAAGUUGGGGAGGCCUUUCGUGCUCUGGUGCCGGUGAGCCUGGUUUGGGGCACCUACGCUGUGGCCACUGCUUAUGUUACCGCUGAUGCUGUGGACAAAGGGAAGAAAGCAGCUGUGGCGCACGGAGACAACCCAGGCAGGACGACGCGGGUAGCGGUGGCAGUGGUGGACACAUUCGUGUGGCAGGCCCUCGCCUCCGUCAUCAUCCCUGGCUUCACCAUCAACCGCGUGUGCGCCGGGUCGCUGUACCUGCUGGGCAGAACCACCAAGUUGCCCCUGUCCGUCCGCAAGUGGACCACUACGGCCAUUGGCCUCUCCACGAUCCCCUUCAUCAUUACUCCAAUAGACAGGUCGGUGGAUUACCUGCUGGACUCAAGCCUUCGGAAGGUCUACAACGCGGAGGAGAAACAUGAAUAAAGAGGAAUCGACGUGGGACAAGCCUUCCUCUCCUGGUUAGACACCAGCCAAGUCUCUGCUGACUGUCCAGAAGAUGUUUAAAGAAGAAUUUCACGGAGCAAGAUUCCACAGUUAGUCAAAUACGUCUGAAAUAAAACUAGUUUACUACAUUUAUAUUAGGUUAGGGUGUUAAAACUGAAAUCCUACUGUGUGAAUCAUCCCUUCGGGGAUACUGAAUUUUAACCUCUCAGGGGAGUGCGACACCAAAAAAAAAAAAAAAAAGUUUAAAGUGGGACUGUAACAGUACGACAGUUGGGUAAAGCACAUGUUUGCGUCUGUGGCACGGUUACGGUGUCCUGUUAUACUCCUUUUAUACAGAGAAAGCCUCUACGGUUGAACUUGUCGGGUGUUACCACCCAGAUAUCGAGGUGGUUCCAUACAAAUCCACACUUGGUGCAUUUAUUAGCCAUACAUUCAGUGGUACUGUAAAGACAGGCCGACGAGCUAGUGUGCCAUUACCAGCUUAAUAUAUAUAUAUAUUUUUUUCUUUUUAUUGACAAUGGUUUCUGUUACUUGGAGAAAAAAAAAAGUUAAAAUAGAGAAGAAGUAUCUGAUGCAUCUAUCCCACUGUUUCAUUCUGCUUUAUUGACAAUCAUGAAAAAAUUUUACAUAGUUUGAGACAUUAUAAAUGGUUUAAAAAGGCUUCUCCGAGUAAGAUUUGAGACAUUUCCCACUACUUGGCUUUAAAUGUAAAACUCAAAUUGGCACAUUAGAGCUUAAAAUGAUCAGACUGUGAGUGAUCACAUUAUCCUGCUGGUACACAUCAGCUUUUAGUCACUAAUGCCAAAAGAAACUGUCAGUUCAACGCACAUUAAAUGUGUACUUCUUAAAUACUUGUAAAGGCCUGUGUAAUAUCUAUGCAGAAAAAUGGUUUAAGAGAUUUAACGGAGAAGUGUACAGAUGCUGUAGGGUUUGUUUGAAGAGCCAUGUUAAAUGCUGUAUAUGCACACGCUGGACUAUGCAAGGAAAAAAAAAAGUGUGCACACGUGAAAUAAAAAGGGAAAUAUAAAGGAGCUCGACGUGUGGAUGAGCUGCCUCUUUAAGACAAAAAGGAACAUAUUGGAAAUAGUUAUUGUUGCCAGUUUUUUUUUUUUUUUUUUUUUUAAAUGUCAGUUUACACCGGGGUAUUUUAGCAAUAAGAUUUGUUUAAUGUAUUUGUGUCACCUUGUGUUCUCUUCGUCCUGGAGGGAACUACGCUGGGAGAGAAACCUGUGAAAACCGGGAGUUGCUGACACAGAUUUUAUACAACCAAAUCAAUAAUAUUUAACAACCAAAUUAAGACUACUUAAACAGUAAUUGACUUUGAGGGAUUUAUCAUUAAAAUGCAUGCACAAGCGUCCGGUGUAUCCGGUGUAAGAUGGUUUUAUUCACUUAAGCACAUACUUUACCUCGUGCAAAACAACCUUUGAGUCCGAUACUUUGAUUUGUCUUAGCAGGAAAAGCAGUCCCGCUAAUCCAUGCCAGUGAUUAACAGCGUAUCAAACCGCGAGCCUGCCGCCGAGACACUUAAAUGCAAUCCAGCAACUAUUAAUGUCACUGACUUGCGCCAGUAUUUUUCCUGCUAUGACGUAUCAGAACGUCAUGAAAAAAUAAAAUCAAAAAAGUGAAAGUCUCUAUAUUCAUCUUCAUUUUUAACAUUUCAGAUCUUACACACAACGUCAAGGUAUUUCUUUUGUUGCACGCUGCGAGAGGAUAAAAGAAACGGUUUACUUUACUUUGUGGAACAUUUUUGAUGUGCGUGUUUCGCUGUUCGAUUUAUGAGUCACGGUUUCAGCCUUAACUGAAAAAAAUGGGUCAAACCUCAAAAUACUGUUUCGUGUACUGAGUUUAUUUUUAAAAAUGUGAAAGUAACUGUUUCCAUUCGUGAGAGUGGGCCAUCCUGACGCUCUGUACUGUCUGAAACUGUAGCAAAAUAAAUUGUAUUAUGACGAAAACA